AUGGCUCGACUCAAUGACUUGCUUUACUGCUUCCUCUAUCUCUUCACUUGGCCAUACUACGCAACAUUUGUGAGAUACACACUUGAGCCACUCAAACGCAUAGCCGGCCCACAAAAUGACUUGGUGGAGUUGAGCCAAUGCGUGCAAGACUUUGCAUUGGGAAAAGCCGCAGAACUCAAGUAUAUCGGAUUUGCUGCAACCAUCAAUGCCGGUCUCACAGUCGCUACAUUCUCCUGGCCUCGACUCGAUGGCGCACCAUGGGCCGCCCCUGCGCUGCUGUAUGCAUCCCUCUUCUUUACGAUCGGAGGUCUUGUGACUGGCUCGCAGCACAUUAUGUUCUUCCACAAAAUGUGCCCCUACAAGACCGAGGAAAUCGCCGAUGAAUUGGAUGAUGCCACGAAGCACAAUGUGUAUCAAGCUGCCCGCGCACAGCUGCUUGAUGAGCGUAGUUCGUGGUCGGUGAUCUUUAGGCUUGAUGCUAGAGCCGGUGAUAUGAACGUACCUGUGGGAAAGGAUAUCGACAAUAUCCUAGGGCAAAGGAGAAUCAAUCCCGGCAUGAUCCUGACUUGGCAAUGUCCUAUUAUGUUGAUGGCUUGGUCGUGGGUCGGCAACACAGAUGAACGAAAGACUGCGAUCUUUAGCUUGACCUUUGGUACUUUCAUGUUCUUAGCUUUCAUUUGGUCAUCGUGGUUCAUCUAUCAGGCUAGCAGAAGCUUCAAGAUCAUCAGCCCGCGUGCUCGGUUAUUGCCUAAAUGA